AGUCGAGCUACUCAGAUCCAUGUAAAACUGGAAGAACCAAACCCCAUGACUCGAAACACAAACGACGCCGCUGACUCAGUUGCUCAUUUCACAGAACACUAUCUCUUCUGCUUCUGCUGUUCUCCAACUCUCUGCUCUCUCCCUCUCUCUGCUGCUACCCUUUGUUUGAAUUAAUGGGUUCUGGAGGUUGUACCAAUGGACUGGAGGAAUGCAAACUGCAGCCUUCAAAAUCUUUGGAAGAAUCUGAUAAAGCUAGUGUUUUGGGGCUUCAUAAGGACGCUGGGGCACCACCGGUGGAAUUGAUUGCUAAUGGGGUGGCGUCUCUAGGGCCUGUUACUCCUAAUGCAGUCCGAGAGAACGGGGACUUGCUCGUUGAUCUGAAAUCUCCGCCAUCAGUUUGCAAGAAGUCAUCCAAUGUAACUUGCUUGGAUUCGAAUGCCAUCCAAAAUGGGGACAACCCAUUUGGUUGUUCUGAUGAUAGCAGCCCCAGGACACCGGUGGAGGAUGUCUUCGAUCCCUUUGCCCCUGGUCGGGAAGACCUAGUGAAGGCGCCGCAGUGCAAAAAUUAUGUCAGCAAGUGCGGGGGCAUGAUUGCUUGUCAGCUUAACUUUGAUUCUCCCGUUCAAACUUCGGAAGAUGAGGUUUGGACUGAUGUGGAAUCCAUUUCGGACGAAGAAAUGUUUGAAGUUGUGUAUGAAAACCUAUUGGAAACCAUCGUGUCUGAGCAAACUGAGGGAGUUAUUGCUGAACGCUUGAGGAAAGAUUGCGGUUCUGAUGACUGUGCAACACCUCCUCCAGAACCACUUCAAACUGGAGCAGCUGAUUCUUGUCCUGGUGCUCCCCUGAGGCCAUCAGGGAAGUCAAGGAACAUUGAUGUGGGGUUAAUCAGAAAGCUCGCGUUCUAAUUCUAGUUGACUCAUGUGGGUUAUGUGCGGUGAAUUUGCCAGAAUUCCGGUACUUCUUUCCAACUGGUGACCUAGAUUAGACACAGUAGCGCUAGCAUUGUAUAGUAGUUGUUGACAUUAUUUAUGCUUUUAGACACAGGGAAGGACAUCGUUUUUUGAAUUUAAGUUAGCAUCGGCUAGUGCUCUUUUGGUUUUAAUCAGAAUUUUAGACACAGGGAAGAAAUGAAAUAGUAAAUUCUUCCAACCUCAUUGAUCAGGUACUGAACUUAUUCAUGUUCAAUGGCUAUUUUAUCGAAUUUCCCUA